AUGGAUCCUGCCUCAAGUGCUAUCCCUGUACUUCACAAGAAGCAUGAUGACGAUUUUGACAAGGCUAAUGACAAGCGUGAUGUUAAGCCAGUCGUGAAGACUCUUAAUCGUGUUCCUCGUGCAUGUAAUGCUUGUAGGAAGCAGAAGAUGCGCUGCGAGGGCGCAGAUAAUCCACCAUGUAGACGUUGUCGCCAUGCAGGACUCGAGUGUCUAUUCGAAAAGCCCACCAGAGAAGCAACUCUCACGGGCGAGGCAGGGCUUGAGCGUAUACGAAGUCUAGAAGCUCAUGUCGCUGAGAUACGUUUCACUCAAUCUUCGAUACAGAAUACUCUUCUCGAGAUUGUUGGCCACCUCCGGGGCGCCACGCCGUACAAUAACCGCUCUCCCUCGACAUUCUCACAGGCGCCUUACAAUGCCCAGUCGCCAACAAUGCAAUCCAUGGGAUCUCCCCCGAUAUCUUCUGGCCCGAACGGGUCCCAUGUGGGAGAUCCAAAUAUUCACAGCGUACAGGCUGGCCCUACCACGCCCACAGCCUAUCACCCCAAUCAUGGAUCUCUUCCACCUAUGUUAAACGCCCCACCGCGUCACUCGAGAAAUUCUGUUGCUCAAGGUGCAUUGGCGCCGGUCGGGCAACCUCCUGGUCACGGAGACUACAUUCCACCACCGCUUCCGCCCUCACAUACAAACCCAACUUCACCGACCCAAUCAUAUGGUUACUCCCCUUCUGGGCAAGUUUUACCCCCAUUUUCCACGUUACAAGCGAUCGGUCGUGCAACCUCACAAGGAUCUAUACCUGGCCGUCAUGAUUCACAACAAAGGCCAAUGCAGCGCGGCCACAAUGUGCAUUCACCUUCAGGAUCUAAACGCACAGCCCCAUCCUCGUCCAAUCCCACUAGCGCGGACUCAACCGAUAUUGAUGAUGAUAAUGGAGAACUACCAGCCUCCGGCCUGGUAGCACCAUGGGAAGUUCUAAGAGGUCUAGCCGAUGUGGCUAUUGAGCGAGCUGCCAAGGAAAACGGCGAAAGCAGUGAACCACCGAGUAGAACCAGAACGCCGUCCCCCGAGCGAAAAUCCAGGCCAAUGAAGAGGAGGAAGAUCCGUCAUCGAGCCUCUCGUGGUUUGACUUUCCCGGAUGUUGUUACGACGAACAUUAUCUCGGAACAAGACGCCCGUGAACUGUUCAGAAUAUUUUAUGCCGGAUGCUCCACUUUCCUCCCAGUAUUCGAUUCCCAAGUUGACACUUUCGAAGGGCUCCAUGAGCGGUCACCAUUUGCUGUCGACGCCAUUUGCACGGUUGCCGCCCGCGUGAGGGACGGGGGAGGAAAUGCAAGCGAGACUUACACCCGAUGUUUGGAAGCAGUGCAAAAUAUCUCGUGUGCGACACUGUUUGCUCCAGUGAGCCGCGUAGAAGCUGUGCAAGCGAUGAUUCUUGUGUCUGGGUGGUCGGAUAACGGAUGGCUCAGUGGCGGUCACGCUGUUCGCAUGGCCAUGGAGCUGUCACUUCACAAAGCUUGGCCCAAACUUCUGAGGCGCAUGCAAAGCAAAACUAAAACCAUUGGUACGGAUGAUCGCGAUCUCGUUAUUGCAUCCCGAACUUGGUUCUGCCUAUAUCUCUUUGAACAUCAAUUAUCCUAUGGUACAGGACGUCCAGCAAUUUUAAAGGAUGAUGAAAGCAUAUGGCAAUGCCGUUUGCUUCUACAACACCCUUUAGCAAUUGAGGAUGAUAUGCGUUUGGUUUCGACUGUUGAGCUCAUGGCUAUCCGCGAAAGGGUUCACAACAAGCUGUCGCCUUUUGAACGGCCUGUCGAUGAAGUCACUUUUGGAGUCAUUCAACAAGCUGACUCUGAGUUCCGAAAUUGGUAUAAAACUUGGGAUCAUGCUUUUUCGCAGAAGUACGAAGAUGCAGCGUUUUACCGGCAAAGUUUGCAGAUCCAACAACUGCAUGCAGAGCUCUUCCACAAUGCAACCGCGUUACGUGGUAUUAAUGGUCCAGAGGAUGUUCAGAAAAUGCCAGCCGCGCAAAGAGAAUUGGCAAUACGUUCAAUACACACUGCUCGCCAAGGCCUUGAAAUCACCGUCAAUUCGCCGUCGUAUAGCGAAGGCAUGAAAUAUGCGGUUCACUAUACACAUGCAACUGCAACAUUUGCAGCAUCAUUCUUGCUGCGGUUAGCACGUCUUUUCCCGAAUGAUUGCGAUAUGCAAGAAAUACGAUCGCAGGUCGAACGUCUCGCCGGUUUAAUGUCUCAAAUCCCUGGCAAGCGCUACGCCAUCACGCUUCAGCUGAUGCUGAAAAGAGCGAAGAGGCGUAAGGCGGCAUCAAGCUCCCGCUCCCCCAAGAUUCCUAGGGAGCCCCAUCGAAACAUGUCUAUGGUGAUCGACAUGCAGCAGCAGAAUGUGCACAUGAGCCCCGAGAGUUUUGCUCCAAAAUAUGAUAUCGCAUAUUCGAGUCCUGAAGUCAUGCAGCAGAUGCAAAUGGGCAUGGUGCCGCAGCAGACCGCCGAGGUCGACAGCAUCUGGCGAGGCUUUGAAAUGACGUCGAAUGAACAACUUCCAGUGUGGAUCUCUGAUCAGAGCCUGGGUGGUAACACAUUCUCCCAGCAAGGCAUGGAUGCAUUUUUGCUGCCUGCUGACUACCUACCUCCUGCCCCUCAGAUCUGGUAG